AUAAACUGAUGAUUUUGGAUAGUGGGAACCGGGCUUAUAUAGUCGACCGUCGGAUCGGAAAGCUACGCAAAUGCAAAUUCCACAUAAAAAAUGAAUAGUCAAUGCUAUCGAGAUAAAUUUACCUAGCAAAUAACAAAGUACGAGCUUUGGUGAUUGGGGACUUCUGAAAAACCCUGCCAAGAGUUAUCUGUAAAUUGAACUGGUUACGGGGCGAAUCCCGCACCUAUCUACCCUCGGUUGACCCUCCUCUGCCUUCUGGCUUUCAGAACAAAACAAUACAUAAAAGCUUUUGGAUUUUAUAUUUUUCGAGCAGAUUCGUCUUGCACGCAGACUGAGAAUGAGGUGCCUGAUUGUGUUCCUUGCAAUUGUCGUUGUCCUGGCUUCCCAGGCCCACGCCGGACGUGUGAUUAUCGGCGGAGUAUGCCAGGAUUGCAGUCUGCCGGUGGCGGAAAAAGUGGUGGUCGGUGGCCAAUCCUACAGGACGGGCAGGCCGGGCCAGGGAACAGUCUAUAUCAAUUCCCCCGACGCUCAUCCAGGAGCUCUGGGCGCUUCGAUCCAUUCAAUCCAUGCAGCUGGCCGCGGACGAGGCGGUGGCACCCAGUAUCCGGAUGGCUUUAGUGGUCGCCUGCCUAGUGGCACUUACCUUCACAAUAAGGAUUGCGUGGGCUGCAGCAUCAACGGGGGCGGGAAUUAAUCCAAUUAUGCCGUGUAUAGAGCAUUAAUAAAAUACCUCGCAUUUUUAAUUAAUUAAUUAAUGCUGGCAUUACUUACAACUCUUUAAUAAAUUCUCAAAGGCUAUCCUUUUGU